AAGGAAUGAUGUCAUUGUUAAAAAGCAAAGGAAACUCUACCGCAAUCAUUGUGCAAUAUUCGAACUAACCCUAUGCGAGUGGGUUAGCGGAGAUUAUUCUAAGGGUGGUAGAGCAAAACAAGAAGUUAAGAGAUUAUCUCAUCUGGGAAAUUUGAUGAAAUAUAAAUUGCGUUGUUUUGGGGGAGCCCCCUGCUUUGCUGCCUAAAUGAGCAUGGAAGAUUAUGACUACCUUUUUAAAAUUGUUUUAAUUGGAAAUGCUGGUGUGGGGAAGACCUGCUUAGUCCGACGCUUUACUCAAGGUCUUUUUCCACCCGGUCAAGGGGCCACUAUAGGAGUGGAUUUCAUGAUUAAGACUGUUGAAAUAAAAGGGGAGAAAGUUAAGUUGCAGAUUUGGGAUACUGCAGGUCAGGAGCGGUUUCGGUCUAUUACUCAGAGCUACUAUCGAAGUGCUAAUGCAUUAAUUCUGACUUACGACAUCACGUGCGAGGAGUCUUUCCGAUGUCUGCCUGAGUGGUUGAGAGAAAUUGAACAAUACGCCAGUAAUAAGGUGGUGACUGUCUUAGUAGGAAACAAGAUUGAUCUGGCUGAGAAAAGAGAAGUUUCCAGACAGAAGGCUGAAGAAUUUGCAGAAACUCAAAGCAUGCACUACUUGGAGACCUCUGCCAAAGAGUCCGACAACGUUGAAAAACUUUUUCUGGACUUAGCCUGUGAGUUAAUCAGUGAAGCAAAACAAAACAUGCUACUCAACAAUGUAGCAUCUCCUUUACCAGGAGAGGGAAAGACUAUCAGCUAUUUGAACUGCUGCAGUUUUAAUUAAAGCUAUGAACUCUCUAGGAGUAGCACACUUUCCUCAUCACAAGAAGCUUAUUUCUCUUGGAAGUUUGAAAAAAGAGAAUAGUUCAUGCUUCUGUUCGUCCACUCAGCCUUGAGGACUGUUGGAAGUUGUGUGUGGGUGUGUUGUGGUUUUUUUUUUUUUUAACCUUUUCACCCAGGAAAUCACUGUGGCUUACAAAGGGAAAAUGGAACGGUUACUGAGGUAUCGUUCAUGAGAAUUAAGAUAGGCUUUUAUGUAUGUUGUCAUAGUAAGCAUCUAAGCUGUCAAACACACCGAAAUACUGUUUUACUGGGAUAUAACAGUUUGUUUAAAAAAUAUUUUCUUACUUUACAAAAUCCUUUGUGAUUUUCAAAAGCUUUCCAACUUCAUGUUGUGAAAGGUGUGAUUGCAGAAAUCAGUAACAAACAGAAACGUUCCUUCAUUUUAUAUUGUCAGCAAUGCUUGCUCAAAAACUAAAACUGACACACACUACAGAUUAAGUAAUGAACACAAUCUGUUGUGAAUACAUUGCGUUUUUUCUGUGUAUUUUUAAACAAACCAAAAUUUUUCAUGGGGUUUCAAAGCUAGUAAAUCACUAAAUUACUUGAAUCCAAGAGACAAAAAAUCUUUUGAAAUUUGUUACAAAUUAAUAAUCUAUUCCAAACAGUUUUGUACAGUGAACUUACUAGUCUUGUUGGGUUGUCUAAGAUGGCCUUUCCGGUUACGUUUACUUUGCCCUUUGUAAAGCUCUUCACCAUUAUAUGGCAAAUUCUGCAUGACUCGGCACACUGUAAACAAAAUGACACAAAGUAGGACUUUUCUGUCAUGGACAGCAGUCAGCUGACACUGAUAUUAAUGUUCCUUUAUGUUUCACAAUAGCAAAACAGACUAUAACAUUGGUAUGUUACAUUCUGAUUUUCAAGUUUACUGAAAUUGCAUUUUUGGCACUAGUUCAAUUUGUUUUUGUGUGUUCUAAUUUUUAAUAUUUAAACACAUGUUAAAGGAAAUUAUAUGAAACGAUGAUUGCUUAAAUAAUAUGUAGUCUGUACUUAAAGUUUAAACAAAAAUCUUAUGUGGCUAUAUCCAUGUUAAAACACAAUAAUACAUAUGUGAGCACUAUAAAUAAGGAGUUUAAUUUUAUAGUAUGAGAAUUUUCAGAUAUCGCCUCUAACUCUAUUUGAUGCAAUAACACAACAGAUGCUGUUUUGAAAUAUCAGUGUUGUAUGUAUCUACGUAUUUGUUUGUAAUUUACAAUUGUUUUAUCGUAAAUAUAAUUUUAUAGACAGUAUUUUUUUUUUGUUCUACGGUUUACCAUAACUCUGGCAAUUGUAUUACAAGCCAUAUUCUUGCUGCUUUAUCAUUGUUUUUGAAAACCAUGUUAUGGAUAUAAUUACUGAAUUACCUCUUCAGUGUAUAACAUUUCAUUUCCUUUCUAUAUCAUUUUGCUGUAAAAAAUACAAAUGUAAUUAUGGUAUUUUGUUUUUGUCAUAGAGCUGUACUUGCUUUAGGACACAGUGCACACAUUUACUGUUCUCAGUUUUAGGAAGAACUGCGUUUAAGCACCGAAGGAGACUUUCUUGUUUGUUCAGAAUUUCAUUAUCUUUGCUCAUUUUAUUUACAUCAUGGGCUGCUUUCCAAAUGUUUGUACAUCAAAUGAUUCAAUUUGAUUAUAAUCAUAUUCACUGAUAUAGGCCUGUGGAAGGUGUAGAGUGUGCUAGUGCAUCUGUUUGAUGUGAAUCAAAACAAAGUCUUGCUGAAAGUGAAUUAUCAAGUACAAUACAUUUGAUAAACAGUAAAAAAACAAACCUUAAACUAAUACAUUUGUAAAUGGGUCCAUAUUUGCUAUUGUAUUUUGUAUGUUUUGCUGUUAGAUGAUUUUAUUCACAAACUAUUUGUAUUAAUUUUUGUAGUUUACAAUGAGACCAUUUAAGUCAUAUUACAUUUAAUGAUAAGCUCUAUUACAAAUACCAAGAUCAAUUUUAAUAGUAAGUUGCAUCCCAAUAUUUAAAAUUGUUCUAAAUUAGAUUGAAAGUCAUUCAUAAUUGUUAAUUUUUCUUUGAAUAUUACACUUUUUAAACAAUUUAAAAUGUGGAAGCAUUUUAAUUUGUCAGGUUGAAUGCUUGGCUAAUGUAAGGAAUUCUGGUCCACGGACUUUCUUAAUCAGUAUAAUAAAAGCUAGGUGUACACCAGUCAAAAGGUUACAUACUUUAAAGAUUCACUACAUUGACCAGAUAAAUUUUCAGACUGAAGAAGAGAGGCAGUUUUACUAAUUGUAUAUUUCAAGUAUACGACAAUGUGAAUAUUUCUUUGUUAAUUAUACUUGGACAUUUUACGUCGCUUAUGAAGGAAUAGCUUAGUAAAACAGUGACCAGAAUGUAUUUUCUCUCUUGGGAAAUGAGACUGAAUGUACAAUUUUAAUAUUUUGUGUCUUUUUUGUAUUUGCCGACAGUUUUACUAAAUAUUAAAAAUGCUUACACUGUGUAUGAAUAAAUGUGAUAAAUAACA